AUUGUGACAGGAGAACUUCACGUUCCGUUAGAAGUAUGUGGAGCUGUGGUGAAGCGAGAGUUGGACUACUGGCAGGUAAACCAGUACUGCAUCAAAUCUUGUUGUUGGCGACAUUACCGUUCCUACAUUGAGAACAAAGCCAUACUCGACUCCUUCAACCGUAGUCUGGAAAAAGAACGAGUACAGAUCAACAUAAAUGAGUACGAAGGAUGGAAGAGAUUACAGAUGAAAAUCUGGUUGAUCCUGGAACACCCGCGAACAUCCCGUGUGGCAAUGGUGUAUGGCGUCGUGUCUUUGUUGUUUGUCGUGGUUUCAAUCCUUGGGUUUUGCCUGGAGUCACUUCCAAUGUUAAAAAAGCCGUUGAAAAACAUCACUUUUAGUGCUAAUACUACAGGAGGCUGCGGAGGCUCAACAGCGCAAGUCAUGACUCAGAACGAGGCCCUCAAUAUCCUUGACAUCAUUUGCACUGUUUAUUUUACAAUCGAGUUGGCUAUCAGAUUCUGUUUCGCUCCAGAAAAAAUAAAGUUUGUUCGUUCUAUGAUGAAUAUCAUAGAUUUGUUAGCGUUAGUUCCGCUCUAUAUGCAACUUGUCUUCAACACGGACACUUUACAAUCAUGUUAUGCGAACGAAAGACUGGUGAUAGAAAUAAUGUUUUUGCUAAGAAUAGUGCGAAUGUUCAGAAUCAUGCAUCUUGUAAAACACUACCAGGCGCUGAAGAUAUUAGUUUAUGCCCUCAAGGCCAGUGUCCAGGAGCUGCUCAUGCUGGCUAUAUUUCUCAUCAUCGGCAUGCUUGUAUUUGCAUCCAUGAUUUACUAUGCAGAACGAAAGGACGCUGUUCAACCAAGCGAUAAGUUCAACACAAUUCCAAUGGGAUUUUGGUGGGCGCUUAUCACUAUGACUACGGUAGGGUACGGUGACGUAUUUCCUACUAAACCAAUCGGAUACGUUGUAGGGGCCGCUUGUGCCGUGAGUGGUGUAUUAAUGAUAGCACUUACCAUUCCUGUUAUAUCAAACAACUUUACACUUUUCUACACGCACGUGCGAUCACGUGGAACUAAGGAAGAGGAGCGUGACAGGUACAGAAACAGCAUGAGCACGUGCGUGAAUAACCCUUUCCGAGAGGAUACAGCUACUGUAAAUUCGGAAGAGGACGGAUACGGGACCAUCUCAUUGUUAGAGGAAAAAAGAAAAUCAUGUGAUUCGGUUAUAGAUACAUAUAUGAACGGUCAUGCAACACUGAAAAACUUUCCGGGCAGAAAAUCACCUAAAUAUAAGCACUUCAAAAAAAUCCCAGAAGCCACGUCGCUGAAUGAUAUGAUUAUUGUCAAUUCUGAGUUUGACAUCAGCGGUCAGGACAGUGAUAAAGCCCGGUCGGACGACGGGGUAGCUUAUGCCGGAGAGACGUUGCUGUAA